GGGGCUUCUCGCGGAUGGACCCUACCCGACUGGGUCGCCCUGCGGGCUUCUUUCCGAGCCCCAGGCCCGGGACCCGCGUCCCAUCCUGUCCGCUGAGGGGUGGCCUUCGGCCGUGAGGGCUGUAGACCUCUGGAGGCUGAGACCUAGCCUCUCCAAUUUCAAGGGUCAGGGAAUUUUGAGAAAUUUAUUCCUAAAUCUGGGAUUUGCUAAGUCUGACAAGCACUCUCCAUCCCUCCUUGGCCUUAAAACUCCACUUCCCCUUUCAUCCAAGUCUGUUCCACAUCAAGAGGCCUAAUUGUUUAAAUGCUCUAUCCUCUCUAGGAAACAAGUCCAGGUCCCUACUAGACCAGUUAUCCUUACUUGUUUUUAUCACAGAAUCACAAGCUGUAAGGGUGGCAUUCUUAGCCCUGUUUCGCUGCUAAGGGGCUGAGGCUUAGAGAUACCCCAGGACUGGAGGCCAAGUUAAAUUCCCUCGGCUCCAGCGGUCCUGAGGAAGUGCUGCCUGCCACCUCCAGGGACAUCCCUGCGACGUGGUCUCCUGGAGCCCUCUGCAGGAGUGCCUCUCCACCUGGGGCCUAGGAAUCUUACUGUACUUUCCGGCCUCUUGGAUAGUGGCCUCUCCCAGGCCCAGCAGUGAUUGGGAAGAGGCUCUGUCCUGUGCAGCUGGUGUGCUGGUUCACCGUUGAACGGCGGGCCCCAGGGAGGGGAAACCCUGAUCUGUACCUUUGCACUUGUCCUUCAUAGAAAUACCCCAUCGUGGCUGAUUUCAAGCGACCACCAGUUUAACAACUGAUUCACAAAGAUUCCUGAAAAUUGAACAAUGUAGUCAUGAUGUGAGUUGCUCCAGCACACUGCCGCCUGUGGUAGCAGGGAUUGGUGUAAUAAGUAAAUUAUACAGUAUGUUAGAAGAUGAUGAGUUCCAGGAGAGGAGAAAAUAUAGAGCAGGCAGGGAUGACUUCAGGUUUUGUAGAACUAGAAGCUCAUACAAUUUGAGGGGUCUUUUUUAAGAAAAAUAAUGAAAAAUGACAAAUGUGAAGUUGAGCCCAGGGCCCUAGGAGGGGCCCAUGCAAGUCACAGUUCCUUGAAGAAUUUUAGGUUCAACUGGAAUCUGCCACCAAGAACCUGGUAAGGUGAAUCCGGGGGAGGGGUGGCCAGGUGGCUCUGUAGGAGAGGCUGGUCUGGGAAGAGGGAAGGGCCAGUGCAAGGGCAUCGGGGAGGAGGGUCUGCUGCACUGGAUGACGGAGGAUGGGGGAUGCGGGGGGGUGCGGCAGAAGGGACUGGGGCCCGGUCAGUCCAGCCUGGCAGGUCCUCCCAAGGACUUUGGCUUUACUCUGGAGCCAGCUGUAGCAGCUGUCGGUGCCACUUAUAAGGCUCACCCUGCCCUCUGUUGCGGAUGGACAGUGCGAGUGGGCAGGAUUGGCAGAGAGAGAUCAGUUAAGAGGCUGUGAUGAUGGACGAGGAAGAGGCGGAGCUGGGGGCAGCCGUGGAACUCAGAGGCCUGCCCCCCGACGUCCCAGACGAGCUGCUCACACUCUACUUCGAGAACCGUCGAAGCUCUGGGGGUGGACCUGUGUCGAGUUGGCAGAGGCUUGGCCGCGGGGGCAUUCUCACCUUCCAGGAGGCUGCAGAUGCAGCGAGGGUCUUGGCCCAGGAGGAGCACACUCUGCACGGCGCUCGCCUGAGCCUGCGGCCAGCCCCACCACGCGCCCGUUCGCGCCUACUGCUCCAGGGACUGUCUGCUGGCAUGGGACCCCAGCGCCUGGAGCAGUACGUCCAAGCCCUGCUUUGUGCCGCAGGGCAGCCGGGGCAGCCGUGCCGUGCCCUGGCCAGUCCCCGGCCAGACCGGGCCCUGGUGCAGCUGCCCAAGCCCCUUUCAGAGGCAGAAGCCCGCGUCCUGGAGGAGCACGCGCAGGCCCUGGGCCUGGAGGGGGCUGAGGUCUCCCUGGCCUGGGUGCCUCAGGCCCGGGCUGUGCGUGUCGUGGGGGGCAACCCCCCUGCAGACCUGCUGCUGCUGGAGCUGUACCUGGAGAACGAGCGCCGCAGUGGCGGGGGGCCCCUGGAGGGCGUGCGCAGCCUGCCAGGGCACCUGGGCACCAUCGCUUCCUUCCGGCAGUGGCAGGUGGCCGAGCGGGUGCUGCAGCGGGCCCACCAGCUGCAGGGCUCCGAGCUGAGCCUUGUCCCCCACUACGAUGUCCUGGAGCCCGAGGAGCUCAGCGAGCACACCAGUGGAGGGGACCGCUUGGCCGGGUUGGGGCCGGGGGCCCCCAGGCGUGCUCUCCUGGAGGCCGGAGGGCCAGCAAGGGCACAGAAUUGUGCAGGGAAUGUGACAUUGGGCUCUGAGGAGGCACCGGGGCAAACAGGAGCCUCUCUGAGAACAGGCCCUCUCUGGGACAGGUCCUCUCUGGGACAGGCCAGUCCCGUCAGCUCAGGGCCCAUGGGGUCUUCAGAACAGGGGGCGCUGGUGAGCCCGGGGCCUCCGGGGUCUCCAGGCCCAGUGGAGAUCGCCGUGGAGUCUCUGGAGCAGGUGGCAUCAAUGAGCCUGGGCCCCGUGGGGUCACCGGGGCAGGAGGGCCUGGUGGAGACAGUGCUGCCGAUGGAGCUGGGAGCAAUGCGCUUCAUUCAACGCUAUCAUGAGGACCUUCUUGCUGGCCUGGGAGACGUUGCCCUCUUCCCACUCGAGGGAUCAGAUACGACUGGAUUUCGGCUCUGCGGAGCCCUGGCCCCAUGCCAGGCAGCCGAGGAGUUUCUGCAAAGUCUGUUGGGCAGCGUUAGCUGUCACGUGCUGAGCCUGAAGCACCCAGGCAGUGCCAGGUUCCUGCUGAGCCCAGAGGGGCAGCACCUUCUGCGGGGGCUGGAAGCUCAGUUCCAGUGCGUCUUUGGGACAGAGCGUCUGGCCAGGGCUGCCCUGGACACAGACCUGGGAGAGGUGGACCCCACUGAGGCCCUACAGGCCCUCCCUGGCCACUCCCACACCCUGUGGCCUCCAGACAAUACGGACAGUGACCAGGAGAAUAUGAGCCUAGAGGAGGUCCGAGAGCUGCUGGCCGCCCUGGAGGGCCUGGACGGGGAAGACUGGCUGCCACUGGAGCUGGGGGAGGAGGAGCCUGAGGGGCAGCCGGAGGAGGAGAAGACUCCCAGGGCUGGGGAAGGGCCCGUGGCCCCCAGCACCGGGGCGCCUGGGCGGCUGGAGGAGGAGGCCGAGCUGCAGCUGGCUCUCUACCGGUCACUGGAGCCACAAGGCCAGGUGGCCGAGCGGGAGGAGGCUGUGGCGCUGCAGCGGGCCCUGGCCCUCUCCCUGCUGGAGCCGCCCCCGCUGGAGGAAGAACAGGAGCUCCGGGGUGGGGCGCCUGGUAGCUGGGCCCAGCUGGAGGUGCAUGCAACCUUUGAGCAAGAUAUGGAUGAGCUGGACCGGACCCUAGAGGCGGCCUUGGAGGUGCACCUCCGGGAGGAGACGGUGGGGCCCCAGGGCUGCGUGCUGCCCGCGGAGCUGUGCGCCCGCCUGGAGCGGCGCCACGGCGUGAGUGUUGCCCUUCGUGGUGACCGCACCGUCCUCCGUGGCUUUGGGACCCAGCCCACCCGUGCGGCCCGCCACUUAGCAGCGCUGCAGGCUGGCCCCUGGGAUCAGAGCUUGGCCUUUCCCUCGGUGGCUUCGGGCCCCACUCGUGAGUCUGCAGCCCGCACGGGGGAGGGCAGGGUGGACCGGUGCCCCAGGCAUGGCCCGUACCCCCUUUCUCCCGGUGUGUCAGUGCCACAGCAGAGGCCGAGGGAGCCCUUGGGCAGGCUGGAGUGUGUGGCCGAGAGCAGCAGUGAGUUCCAUACGGUAGUGCAGGCCUUCUGCGACACACUGGACGCUGCCCACGGCAGGAUCUGUGUUGUCCAGGUGGAGCGUGUGUUGCACCCGCUGCUGCAGCAGCAGUACGAACUGCACCGGGAGCGCCUGGAGCAGUGCUGUGACCGGCGGCCGGCCGAGCAGGUCCUGUACCACGGCACGUCGGUGGCCACCGUCCCGGACAUCUGCGCGCACGGCUUCAACCGCAGCUUUUGCGGCCGCAACGGUGAGGCCUGGGGCCCUGAAGGGGCGUGGUCUCUGCCCACCGUAACCACCCUGACCCCCGUGCCUCCCCCGCCCGCAGGCACGCUCUACGGACAGGGCGUGUACUUCGCCAAGCGCGCCUCCCUGGCGGUGUUGGACCGCUACUCGCCCCCCGACGCCGAGGGCCACAAGGCGGUGUUCGUGGCGCGGGUGCUGACCGGCGACUACGGGCAGGGCCGCCGCGGGCUGCGGGCACCCCCCUCGCGGCCCCCCGGCCACGCGCUCCUGCGCUACGACAGCGCGGUGGACUGCCUCCCCCGGCCCGGCAUCUUCGUCAUCUUUCACGACACCCAGGCGCUGCCCACACACCUCAUCACUUGCAAGCACAUGUCCCGGUCUCCCCUUGGAGAGGCCCCUGGGCUCUUGAGCAACUCCCCAGCCACCUAACCCAAGAGGCCCCGCCCCCUCGGCCCAGCCGCUGGCCUCCUGCUCACCAGGCUCCCCGCUCCACACAGCCCCACCGCCCCCUCCCCCGCCCGAGCUGCCCCCGGGGGCGCCCCUGCCUCCUGCAGUGGUGCCCAUACGGGCGGCCGGACGAGGAGGGCUUGGGCAGGGUUCCCCGCCCCCCGCACCCCCGGGCCGGCCCAACCACCAGGGGUCAGCAGAGCCCAAGAGGAGGGGGGCCGGCCCUCGCCCGAGCGCGACUGUGUUGUUUGAAUAAAUGUGUACGUGAAACCAGGCGGUGUGACCUGCGAGCUUCGAGUCCGACCUGUUUGGGGGCAUGGCUAGGGGCGGGGGCCGGGGCGCAGAGUCCGCUGGUGCUUUGGGGCGGCCCUGGGCAGCCGGCAGAGGCCGGACCCGGCGCGCACCCGAGCGACCCCGCGUCGCCUU